AUGUUGAAGAAGGCUUGCCUUGGCAUUCGCAUUGACUUGCCGCGACAGCUGGAGGAAAUAGUCCCAUUCUUCAGCAAGCUAGAGGUACGUGAUCUUCCAAGGGUCAGUGCCGCAUGCCAACAUCACGGUGUUCCCAGUUUUGAGAAGUUUUGCGUUAACCAGGCACCUCAACUAGAGGUAUGUCAGCUAGCACAGCCAGCUCCAAUUGCACCUUCACCUUCAGUGGCUUCAGUGCCAGUGGCGCCAGUGGCUGCGCCUGCAGUGCCACGAUUGUGUCCUCCAGUGGCUCCGGAAGGUCCUCCGAGGAAGAAGGCGAAGCUCCCUGGACCAAUCUCUACAAAGGCGAGACUCUCUGGACCAAUCUCUGCAAAGCCGGUCCCUCCCAAGGCAAUGCCACACGUGUCUAAGAACCUGUGCGAGCAGCUGAGAGGGGUGCUGAGGACAGUCUACUUUGGAGACAAGUUUGUGGACUUUACAGGUGGGAUGGAUCUUGGCCUUGGGCCUGCUGCUUUCGCUGCCGGCUACACCGCCACCCCUGAAGAGGCCAAGGCCUCGACAGAGGCGCUUCUGAAGUUGGCAGCUCCCAGUGGCAUCCUGGCGCGUUCCGCCCUGGUUGGCAACGAGGACAUCUUCG